GGAGCCACCUGGGCCAUGCAGGCAGGGAGAAGGUAGUGAAGGGGAGGUGGAUAACAGUGAUGACGGAGCUGGCAAUCCUGGGGAUUGCUUUGCUGUCAUGCCACAAGGGUGGAAAGGCUGUCCUUGCAGUGUUGAUUGCAAGUUGUGCAGCGAAGAGGAGCGGGCGGUUGUGGAGGACAGUCGGGAGUCAAACGGAUCAUGGAUUCAGAGAUAGAGCAGACGAGGGUGAAGAUCCAGAAGAAAGUUUUGACGGCGGAGAUAAGAAUCGAGCAGUACAAGGCUUAGUUCUUGAAGCAUUGGGUCUACGGCAGCAACUGGAGGUGAUCAGAGCUCAGCUGGGGAAUUGCAGGUUGCAGAUCGAUACUAUGGAUGGCGUUAUUGCAGAUUGGCACAGGGACAAGGAGCCAGUGAUUGCAGAGGUAAAGCAGAAAGCUGGGGAGGUGGAAAACAUGAAGGGGUUAUUGGAGGGGAAAGCCCGGGAUCUUGAAGCAGCGGAUCAGAAAGUCGACAUGGUGGCGGGGGAAGGGAAGGGCUGGGAGGAGAAAAUCCGCAACUCGAAGGCAGAACAGGAACUUGCCCAGCUAGAGGCAGCUGUGGAGGAGAAGCAGGACAGAGAGCAGCAGCUCUUAAAAGAGCUGGAUAGAGUGAAGAAAGAGGCUGCAGACAGGCUGUCGCAGGUGAACGACUUGCUCACGGGGAAGGAGAAAUGGGGGGAGAGAGUUCUGAAGGCGGAGCUUGCAAGGGCUGCUGUCGGGCUGCUGUCGAGCGAGAGCUUGCUGAGGCAAAAGCUGCUGCAAGGGCCUCGAGACAUUGAUCGCAUCUCCUCGAGGCGGGUGAUUGUGACGAUGGGCAAUGAACUCCGGAGUGGGCAGCUGUCAAGUACUCUGUGCAUAUGCUGCCGGCAACUUUUUCUGGCUAUCGCCGUCCCUGCAUUUUUCUGAAGUCUGCCAAGGGAUUUAGGGGACUGUACAUACUGUCGAUAUUUUGAUCAAGGAGGAGCUCUGCAAAGGGCCGUGGCAAUCU